AUGCAGGCCCCUACUCAUCGCUGCAGAUUUGUGGAAUAUGUUCCAGCUGCUAUUCGACAGCUCGUCUUUUCACCUGAAACCUACCUCAAAUCAACUUAUCUGGCUUGCGCCAGAGCUGACGGCGAUAUAGAACUAUGGAGGCUACGUGAAGGAGGCGCUCGCUGGCAUCUUGAAAGGACGAUACCAGGAGGAAAUGAUGCUUCUGCUGAAGCUAUGGCAUGGUCGCAUCAAAUACAACCUGACCCUGCCGAGCUAGAAGAUCUGGAUGCAGCUGAGAUCGAGGCGCACAAAAAGGCACUACUGGACGCUCCUCCUCGCUUCUUUAGUGCUGGUGAAGAUGCUGUGAUUACUGAAUGGGAUACUACUACCCUACAACCUGUGAAUACUGUCGACUCGAAUGGUGGUGCUGUAUUAUGUAUGAAGGUUUCACCAACACAAACUCAACUAGCUGUCGGAUGUGCUGACGGCAGUAUACGAUUAUUUUCAAUAUCAGAGCCAGGCACCCUCGAAUAUUAUAAAACCCUAGACAAGACAGACAACACCCGAACGCUCUCACUAGCUUACGACUCUACGGGAAAUGUACUCGCUGCAGGUGGUGCUGAUUCCUGUAUACGACGAUACGAUGUCAACACUGGUCGAUGUACAUUAAGAAUGACUAUGGACGUCACAGCAGAUGAACAGACAAUGGUAUGGGAAGUUCUGAUCCUGAAAAACGGAACCAUAGUAUCGGCAGACUCGAACGGAUGCGUGCAAUUCCGAGAAGGAAUGCACGGCACUCUCUCACAGAGCUUCAAAUCCCAUGCCGGAGAUGUUCUCUGUCUGGCCACUAAUGCCAAAGGCACCGCCGUCUUCUCUGGUAGUGUAGAUAGGAAAAUAGUCAGAUACGUACCAAUCGGAAAUGAAUGGACCGUCUCUGGAGAAAAACGUUACCAUAGUCACGAUGUCCAUACUAUCGCUCUAAGGACUGCCAAACCAUUCGACAUCCUCGUCAGUGGUGGCCUCGAUACGUCCCUAAUUGUACUAUCAAAUCUCGCAGCAUUCCCCAUUGUCAACAUACAGAGGAUGCCACAUUUCCCUCCACGACCUAUAAUUUAUUUAUGUAAAGCCAAUCGAUGGGUUGCUGCCAUGAUGAAGGAUGUAGUAAGGGUAUGGAGCCUGGGCUCUGCUACACAGUCUAUGCCUGCGUUUGAGACGACAAAACUUCCGUUGGAAGAAACCAGCAAGUUGCUACUUGAUGUCAAACUUCGGGUAUCGUCAAAUCUAGUAUCUACCGCAAUAGCCCCGAAUGGCAAGUGGAUUGCUGUUUCGGACAAAACCACAACCAAGCUUCUCUCCAUUCGUCAAGAUACAUCCGGCAAAUUCUCUCUUCGAAAAGCCUCCACAUCAGCUCCGCUUCCUGCAAGCUAUAGUAUAGCAUUCACUCCAGACUCAAGUCGUUUGAUCAUGUCUGGAUAUGAUAUGCGCUUAAGGAUGUAUGAAUACGUAGCUGAGAGCCAUGGGUGGGAAUCUACAGAGACAUUCGAACCACAGCCCAGUGCAGAUUUGGCACCUUUUAUUGUAGUAUCAAACGAUGGUCAAUGGUGUGCUGUCGGGGAAUUGAGUGGGUUUGUUCAUAUUUAUCAAUUGGAUUCACUCAAGCUCGUGUGGACACUUCCGAAGCUUUCUUCUUCUCCAACAGCUCUCGCCUUCCAUCCAACAUCACCAACUCUAGUAGUCACAACAUCAACGAACGACAUUCGAAUGUAUAACGUCGAAAGGCAACGAGUAUCCGACUGGACUCGAGAGUACAGUCAGCGUCUCCCAUCAAAGUUCAAGAAUCAUCCUGGUGUAGUCUCUGGAAUUGCUUUCGGCAUCCGAACAAAGGAUCGUCUCACUGAACCACUGGUGUUCUGGGGUGCUCGUUUUGUGUGUGUGGUGGAUGUUGAUCAGCCUAUACCAGAUGAAAAGACAAAACAGGCCCGAAUCAUGCAAUCAACACCGGCCACGAAUGGUCACUCUGGUAAAAGGAAGAUGACAAAUGGAAUUCAUAAAUCGUCUUCAGCUUCUUUCAAACAUGCCAAAGACAAGAAUGGAGCAAUGGAAGAUGUUGAAGACAAUAUCGAGGAAGAAGAGAAAGAAGAAGAUGCGAAUAAUCAUUCCCCACAUAAUCACACUUCUAAUGGAAACCCCUCAUCAUCAUCGAGUCAUCAUGGUCGAAAUGGAUACAUACCGAUACCAUCUCCACCUACAUCACCAUCCAAACCAGCUCAUCAGCAUGUUGAACCGCCUGUAAACGAUAAUUUUAGAAUGAAUCUUGGCUUUGCUCCAAUCAUGUAUUUGGACUUUUUGGAAACUGCUGUAACAUCGACCUCGUCUGUCACGGUUGAUGGGCAAGGUGAUGUUGUCAUGAACGGUAGUCAGCAACAGGAGCAGGGAGGUGUAAAGGAAAUGGUGUUGGUUGAACGACCAGAGAUUGAGGUCAUGUCGAAAUUACCUGGUGCUCAACGUCGUAUUCGAUAUGGAAUGUAG